UGCAGGUUGGUCAAAACGAUAAUAAUCCUACUUUGAACGAAGCAGAGUGGCCUCUGGAGCAGCAGCCCCAUCAAGUAGAGGGAUGGAUCUGUCAAACAUGAAAAGUCGAAAACAUUGAACACGGCACAAAGCUAAAAACUGCUUCCCGAGGAAAACCGAAAUGUUAGAGAACGAUUCGUUAGGGAGAAUCAUCACAAAAUCGUACAUUUAACCUUCCUGGUUCAGUUCCUCGGACGCCCAGAUAGAGAAAGACACUGGCUUGGAGGUGAGGUCGACCACAACAAACACUGGGGGACCCCAGCCAGCCUCCUUCUAUACGGUUCGAAUCUGCUGAACCGUACCAAUCUCAGAGAGACCGUUUUAGAGGCAUACAGAGGGUAUUGAAGCUUGGUUUCGUAGCGUGUUGUCAUUUUCCAACUCAAAGAAGCAUCGAGAAAAUAGAGAGAGAAGAAAGGUGUUAUCUUGUUACUUGUCGUAGGCUUCAUUUGAUCGGUGGCGGUCAAAAAUGGCGAAUCGGUGGUGGGCUGGGAACGUGGCAAUGAGACCUAAAGAUCCCUUGUUGUCAUCUCCAUCACUUCAGCUGAGAAACCCAGAAGAUGACCAUGGUGGGUUGAGUCGACUCGGGCCAAGACGAGAGCAAGACUUUCUGGAGAACACCAAUAACAACACUACUCCAACCAAUAGCAGCAAUAGCAACACAAACGCCAACACAAACACAACUUCCCAGAGCCUGAACAUCGACGAAGACGAGAGCCGACACAACGGUCGCGAAGCAGAUGAUCAAAACCCUGGCAGCCAUGACACCGCCGAGCCGGGAAGCAGCGGCCGACGUCCACGAGGCCGCCCGCCUGGGUCGAAGAACAAGCCGAAGGCACCCGUGGUCGUAACAAAGGAGAGUCCUAAUGCCUUCCGGAGCCACGUGUUGGAAAUCUCCAGCGGCAGCGAUGUUGCUGAGAGCCUCUCCACCUUCGCGAACCGGAGGCACCGUGGUGUGUCAGUCCUCAGCGGAAGUGGCAUUGUGACCAACGUCACACUCCGGCAUCCGGCGGCGCCAGGUGGGGUUAUCACACUAAAUGGAAGGUUCGAGAUUCUGUCUUUAUCCGGCGCAUUUUUGCCUGCCCCCUCGCCUCCUGGGGCGACCGGGCUAACUGUGUAUCUCUCCGGCGGCCAAGGGCAGGUUGUUGGUGGAAAUGUGGUGGGUGCAUUGGUCGCAUCAGGUCCUGUAUUGGUGAUAGCAGCCACCUUCGCUAAUGCCACUUAUGAGAGGUUGCCACUUGAGGAUGAACCAUCUGGGGAAGAUGUUGAAGCCAAAACAACACAGCACCAUUCAGGUGUACAUUCAGGAACUUCUGGGCCUUCAUCAGCAUCUCAGACUUUGAAUGAACAAGUCUCAAUGCCUAUGUUCACUAACUUGCCCCCAAAUUUGCUUCCAAAUAAUGAUCAAAUGCCACAUGAUGUGUUCUGGGGGCCUCCUGCUCGCCAACCUCCUUACUGAUGAGAGAGACGAGUUAAAAAAGAAAAUGGUACGUACUGAUGACUUAUAAUGCAUUAUGUUCAAACGGUUUCUUGUAAAAGCACAGUAUAGUAGCUAGCAAAGUUAGGAAUUUUGUGGUCAUUUUGCUUUGUUGUUUCUGAAAAUCUUGGGAGAUGUUGUUUUCCUGUUAUAUUUCGGACUCUUCUGUACCAGUUGUUUCUUUCGUUCGCUUCCUUCUAAUCUGCUCUUUUUCUUCUUCUCACUAGAGCUUCAUUAAUUUAUGAUUGUGUUGCAAGUGUUAAAAAUGUCCGGUAAUGAGGAUUGAAUCUACAUAAAUAUAUGCAGUCAUUUAUAGUAA